AUGUCAUCCACAGUAAACACCACAUUAGCAACCACACAGUCAACGCCUGAAGCGACUACGAACUCUAUAAUGCCAAUUGCUGCUACAACAGCUUCCCCUACAGCAGCUACAGCAAGCUCCACAGCAGCACCCACGACCGCCAGCAUCGACACAGAUGCCAACACUCUGGUUUCUCUGGUCUUCACAAUGCCCAAUGGCCGGGUCUUUAGACUCUCAAUGGCCUCGCAGAUAGUCGAUCCAACAACGGGCAGCAAGACGUGCGCCGAGGAGACGCAUUUGGAGCUCAGAUAUAGGGGCAUAUCUGAGCCGCUGAAGUUCACUGGAUGCCUCUACAACAACUCGACACAAAAUGGAACGAGCUACGGCAGCAGCACCACCAGAAAACCAACACCCAAACCCUACGAACCUGUUAACUAUAAGCCCGUUGGCUACUUAUACAGCUUCGCUUAUGGAUCUGCCUAUGCACCCGGCUAUGAAUCCGGUAAUGGCCCUCAUUACCCAGCCGUCUCUGGACCUCGCUAUGCUCCGGUCAGGGCCUAUGCCAGCGCCUCCGCUUCAGCAGCUAUUCCACAUUACAAUUAAUACACAUUAUAUACACCCACCUCAAUGGUACUGUACUGCAUUAUAUCAAUAAGACUUUCCACUUGUAUGC